GGUAUGUCUUCAUCUACGACUGUAAUGGAGGACUUUACAUACACCAGUAAAGAUGUAACUGCAACCCAAGUUUUAGGUAUUACACUACCGCUGACUCUAUCAAGUAGCCUGUAUUCAACUGACACGAGUGCAUCACUAGAUGACUUUACGUACAACAGUGAGGAUCUAAGCACGCUACCACUUUUUGGCGGUACAUCACAGCUGUCUUUGUCAAGUAGCCUAUAUUCAGCUGACACUGGUACGUUUGCUGAAACAACCACUCGGGAUGACUUCACUUACCGCAGUGAGACACCCGGCACCACUCUUAAAUUUCCCCUUUCGAUGUUAUCAUCGGCACACUCCUCUUCGGAGAGCUCUGCCUACGAGCAAGUAGUUUCGAGCACGCAUUCUCUUAUUUCAUCAACGCCUUAUCUUAGUACUACUGAAGACUAUUUUGCAACUCCAAGACUAUCAUCACCCACUUACAUAGGUGCAACUCCAAGACUAUCAUCAACCACUUACAUAGGUGCAACUCCAAGACUAUCAUCAGUCACUAACACGAGUGCAACACCAAAACCAUCCUCUGAUUUCGAAGACAUUACAUAUGCGACUGAAACACCAAAACUUUCCUCUUCUUUUGUCAGUGAAAAGUCAAUUACACUCCCCACGUACACAAGUGAAAUAUCACAACUAUCAUCCCACUUCAACACUGAACCCAGAAUAUCAGACACUACAAGCGAAACACAAUCUAUUGUCAUCAGCAGAACGCUAGUUUUUACCACAAAAUUCCCACCAACACUGAGCCCCCAAACAAUAUUACCAACAUUCCUACACAGUACCACGUAUGGCACGCGAAGUUUCCAUAAGAUAACUAGUUUAUCAUCGGCCACGUCAUCCCGCGCACAUGGAAGCAUCUUUCCAAAGAGUUCAGAAUCUGUUGAUACAACAACAACAACGACAACAACAACAACAACAACAACAACAACAACGCUAGCAAGCGUCCUUCCAACCACUUCUGUUGAUACAUUAACAUUAACGUCAGCAAAUAUCUUUCUAACAACUUCCAUUUAUACCACAACAAGAAGAUCAGCGUCAACAAGCACAUUUCCGAACACUUCCGUUGUCAAAACAAGAACCUUGACGUCAGCAAGGAUAUUUCCGACGACUUCCACAGAUGCAACAAGAACGAUAAAUCGAGCAAAGACAUCCACAUUUCCAACGACUCCCACUGUUGGAACAAUAACAAUAACGUCAGCGGCCACCUCCGUAGGUACAACAUCAACUGUCACGACAACAACGGUUAUCCGGCCAACGACCUCAAGUAAUGCCUCAGUGUCCCCGACCAACUCGACGCCACCAGUCUUACAUAAUGGAGUUUAUGUGUGUAUCAGCAUUCGUAUCAGAUUCAAAAAUGAUCUAAAUGCGUCUUUGGAGGAUUUGCAGAAUUGGGCAUCGGAUUUAUUCGAGUCCGUCUCCGCCGUGAACGCCACUGUAUCAAAUCACUGGCUCAGUUCUUUAACUCUGCAGCUGAGAAUGGACCUGCGGCUACUCGACCAGCUGAAGUCACGUGACAGCGGAUUUAACCACGUCACAUUCCUUGUGGAAAACGUCAUCAAUCCAUACAUAAAAAAUGAGAGCACGACAAUCAAUGGAACUAAGAUCGAUCCAGGAGGCUUCAGUGAAAUCGAAGACGCUCUUGACCAACCUCUUCGCUUCUGCCCUGAAAGACAUGGCUGCGACAUUUCUGAAUCCUACCACAUUGCAUGUUUGAACCCAUGCGUGGGUCAUCACUGCACCCAUGGACACUGCGUCGAAGAUGGAAGAGGAGAGCCAGUUUGCCGAUGCUACCAAGGUUACAGCGGAGAAAGAUGCCAACUUCGCGUUGAUGACCAUGCUGCAUUAAGGGAUAUAUACUCGAUGGAGUACAUUGCAGUCGUCACAAUUCCCAUCGUCCUGUUUUCUCUAGUUGCCGUUGGGAUUGUCAUGACGACGUACAAUUUCCUGCGGAAAAGACAGUUACAUUCAUUUGGCAGUCAGGCAUGUCGGGAUUGCGAGAUGGCAUCGUAUACAGAUGAGUCAUUUGACACAGAAGCAGACUUCGGGAGCGGGUACUGUCGUAGUGCCCGUGCCUCUCUUACCAGCUUGAAAAGCCUUCCAUCAAUGUCGACCGACCUUCCACCUCUCGACAGUGUUUCCAAUGAUAAUAUGUUUCGAAUCGGCCACCUCGUUCCCCAGAAUGGACACGGAUAUUAUGGGUUAUCAAACCCAAACCUUGACCUAGAUGUGGACUACAGUGACCCAGGGGAAGGCGAGAGUCAGUGGACUGCACUGUAACGGAGUACCAGCUCUCGGUCCUCGCACGCUGGCAAAAUUCUACACUUCUCAGAUAAUAUAACUACAUGUAGUCGACCCAAAUAGCAUUCAGCAGCAGAAUCAAAAGGAGCAAUAAAACAUUUUAUGAAGAUUUCGACGGCAAUCCCUACUUAUAAAACGUGCCGCUGUGUUUUUUCUCUAUGUUUACCCUCAUCAGGAAUCUGCUGAAAAAUCGAAUCAGUGGACGAGGUCAACUACCAUAAAUAUUACCAAUGAUUAACACUUAACAAGGACGAUUAGCAUUCUCCCAAUAUACCACUUACUAAUAUAGUUUAGGACGCAAGGUUUCUGCCGUUCAAGUUACGGACCAUUCAAUGAAUGAAUGCACAGAGAGGAGAGGAAAAAAAUCAGACAAAAACGUGUUAGGAAACCACUGUUACCCAAAUUAAUGAAGUUCUGAUUGUUUUGUCGCUGAAACCUCUGCUGAUAUAAACAGUUUGGAUGAUGCUAAACGCGAUAUUGAUAACUCAAUUUUCCAUCAUUGACUCCAGAAUGCAAGUGGAAGGGGUCGACAUCAGUAAAUGAAAAGAACUGUGGGGCCCAUCAUGUGUGCCAUAUCAGGUUGCAAUGCAUGUACCAAAAUGCUACUUGAUGCUUAGUCAGUAUGAAAGGAAUAGCCCGACAAAAAGCCAGUAUGAAACAACUUACCCAAAUACUAAUUUCUUCGUAAACCUUGGCCUUACCUAAUGAUAUAAACUCCCAAUUAUCUUUUUUCCCGUAUAUUUGUACGUAUAUAAUGCGCCAUGAGGUAUACACUCACACGAGCAAGCCUCUUGACGAAACUUGGACAAGUCAAAACUCAGAGUCUUGACAAUGGAAAGGCAUCUGACUGCUGUCUUCUUGAUACAGACGUGGUUGUUCCUGUCUGAGGGUACCCCCUGGCACUGUUACUCGUUUGACGGGGUAGGCCGAGUCGUCUUUAAGAGCAUCGAUGUGGACCCUCUGAGGGGUGACUUCAGCUUUUCCUUCAACACAGAAGCUAGUUCGGGCCUUAUCUAUUACGCAGGGGACCUAAAGAAUGAUUACGAAGGCAUCUUCUUACGCGAUGGCAGGCUAAGCUACUUCAUCUUCAACCCUGACAAAUCAGGACAUGGUUCUACUUCGUCUGAAGCGAAUGGAUUCGAGGCGACCACUGUGCGGAAGCUGAAUGAUGGGCAGAGGCAUCAGGUUGAUUUUUACCGAAAUAAACUGAUAAACGGCAAGCAUACUACGGGUCUUGUCGUGGAUGGCGAACUGGUGUACAAGGACAGCCGCAUCCGAGACCACCUAAGUAUUCGAUCUCCUUACUAUAUAGGCGGCGUCCCGGCAAGUUUGGGCGUCGGCGUUCCUCCCUUUACUGGCCAGAUUCGCAUGUUCAAAGAACGUUUCUCAAGUACCGGAUUCGAACACCCGGACGAAGAAAUCAACGUGAAGCGCUGUGAAAGCAUAGUAAACUACUACUUUUAGGAUACUGUUUAUAACCCCCAGAUUUUCUUGCUUCUUUGAUUUUGUGAAAUAAAAAAAAAUCGCGCUUCAUCUUUACAGAUACCGAAAACAUUUUGGAAUUUCCAUUUCAAAAAUAUUUUCGCACUUCUUAUUUUCGUGAAUUGGAAUUAUGACGUAGCAGCACUUAACAAUUUUAUAGGACAAAUGGAGGGUGACGUGUUUACUAAAAGUAAAUUAAAAGUACAUGUAGCAUGUUUAGAAAAUAA